GCCAAUCAGCUGCCGGGAUGAUUUCGUACGUAGAGUGUCUGGGCGGGGAGGGGGCGGGGCCUGGCGUGGGGUCCCGCUGCUGGAACGGCGCUCCAGACGAAGAGUUAGACGAGCUUCUUCCUCGCCAAAUAGCCGCCCUGCAGCCUAAGACGGAGGGCAGCCUGCGUCGCCGUCUUCUCAGCGCCAAAAUCUACCAGCAACGCAGCGCCAUCUUGGGGCAGAAUGCAGGCGGCGUCCGCCCAUCUCUCGCUCCGGACGCUCAGGGGAAUCGUUUCCUCGCCACCGAUACUCAGGGGAAUCGUUUCCUCGCCACUGAGACUCAGGGGAAUCGUUUCCUCGCCACUGAGACUCAUGGGAAUCGUUUCCUCGCCACCGAUACUCAGGGGAAUCGUUUCCUCGCCACUGAGACUUAUGGGAAUCGUUUCCUCGCCACCGAGACUCAGGGGAAACCUUUCCUCGCCACUGAGACUCAGGGGAAUCGUGCACGCUCCCCCUACCCGGUCCUGUCCCAGCGCGGCCGGACGGGUUCCUGCCCCCCCACCCCAGAGCCCCGCCCGGGCUACACGCUGCCCGCUGCCUCGCCGUUCUGCGCAGCGUUCUCGCACUUCGUGGAGCCCGAGGUGCCCCCGCAGUACCGCUACCGGCCCAGCAGGAGGCGCCGAGCCUUCGGCUUCUUCCGCUUCAGACACCGAUGGGGGAGGAGCUCCGAGCCGGAGGCCGCUCAGACCACGCCCCUUCUGCACACAGCAGGGGACGGGGACAGAAAGUGGUCUGUUCACUACAAUACCCAGAAGCCCCAGCAGCGUCUCCUAUUCUUCUCUGGAAAGAAACGAUCUGGCAGCACCGAUGAUCUGCGAGGUCAGAGGUCAACAGAGAACAGCGUGUCAGCAUGUAACGGGCUGACUCAGCAUGGCUGCAGCCCGCCAAGCGCCGCCCCCCAGCUGCCUUUCUCUUUUGGUCUCGACCAAUCAGAGGGCAGCACAGCACGCAGAGGGUGGAAGGACAAAAGCAGGAGGAUGUCCUCAGCUUUCUCUGACGAUGAAGAAAAGUUCAUCUUAAACAACACGCGACCUCUGACCCCACCGAUGCUCAACCCCGCCCACCGCUCGUCCUGUUGGGACGUGUUUGCUUCGGCCCACGAGCUGCCGGAGGAAACGGACACCGACACGGACACGGAGACAGAGACGGAGACGAGCCCUCGGCUUCCAACGCCAGAGGAGAAGAUGAGGAAGCAGGCAGAGACAGUUGCAGCCGAUAUCGUCCCGAUUAACAUUACAGGCGAGAGUUUUGAUCGUCAGGCCAGUUUCCGAAAAGUGGUUUCCAACACCGACUCGUUAUCCCGGCAAACACGCAACCUGAGCCGCUGCAAGACGCUCGCUGGGUUACCGGAUGAUGUCAGCGGGAAGCUGGACUGGCCCUCAGAUUCUGCAGAUUCUGCAGAACCGGUUCUCCCGGGUGGGUUCUCGAGCGCUGGUCGGCGAGUGGAGGAGAACCCAGCGCCCACAGCGGAGAGAGGCGGAGACAGAGAGGAGGGGAAGUCGUCCGUACGGAGGAUCAGGGCCCCGAGAGGAGGCGGGAUGUGCAGCCUCAUGGCCUCGCUCACCUCCGCUCCCCCCACCGACUCCUCAGACCCCUCCCGUCUGCCCCGCCUCCCCCCCCUCCCCCGCCCGGACACCAACUCCUCUCUGGACUCCUGUGGGACGCUCAGCGCCUCCUCGUCUUGUUGCCAGGGUUUCCACGGCGACCUCCAGCCUCUGCUGCCCUCUGACCUCGCCGUCUCUCCGUCUCCUUACCUCGCCAUCUCCUCUUCCUACUACCAAGGGGAUUCCUACUACCUUUCCUCUUCCUCCAUCGCAGACGCAGACUCCCAGUUCAGCUUCCAGACUCUGCACAGCUCCGACAGCGGCGACACGUGGAACUACGAACCCCUCUCUCCGAGCGCCAGCGACCACGAUGGCGUGCACGGCGAUUGGAGCUGCAUCGCCACGAAGACGAGACGUGUUUCUGGGGAAGGUGUAAACUCCUCCGGUCGCUCCACGCCGUCCCACGCUGACACAAACUCUCUGUGCUCAGAGUUUUCAGCAUUUUCUAACACCUCGCUCAGAAAGCACAGCACUUCUUCGUCGUCCACGUUGGACUCUUGCAGCAUCGGCGCCGCCCGCAGCAUCUCUCUCCGAAAGUCCACGCGGCCGCCUCCGCCGCCAAAGCGAUCCGUCUCUCUGAUGCAACAUCCAAGUCGCAGCAACACUCCCGACACCCAGCGGUCUCCGCAGACCUUUCCUGACCCCUGGGUUCCCCGGACGAACACCCAGAGUGACUUUAUCUGCAACGCCGGCGCGUUUUUUGAACCUUUACGCCCGGACUACCACACGGAAACUUGUACUCUUUCUUCAGAGCAGCAACCGCCGAACGCCGGCCUCUCAAACAUCUCAGCUGCGAUUCAGCGCCUUGCUUCGCCGUCCGUGCAAAGACACCAGAGUGACUUUAACAGCAACUCGGUCCACCGCACGGAAACUUUUGCUCUUUCCUCUGAGCACUUACCGCCAAACGUCUCGAAGGACCAACAGCUGAGACUUAAUCUAAACUCUGAAACUUCUGUCUCUUCCGCAUCUGCGAUUCAGGGACUAGUUUCGCCAUCCGUGCAAAGACGCCAGACUGACUUUACCAGCAACGCGGUCCUUUCCUCUGUGCACUUUCUGCCAAACGUCUCGAAGGACCAACAGCUGAGACUUAAUCUAAGCUCAGAAACCUUUGUCUCUUCCGGGUCUGCGAUUCAGCGCCUCACUUCGCCCCUCAUCGAAAGACGCCAAACUGACUUUAACAGCAACGCGGCCCUUUCCUAUGAGCACUUACCGCCAAAAGUCUCGAAGGACCAACAGCUGAGAUUGGAUCUAAACUCCGAAACAUCUGUCUCUUCCGCGUCUGCGAUUCAGGAACUAGCUUCGCCGUCCCUGCAAAGACGCCAGAGUGACUUUAACAGCAACGCGGUCCUUUCCUCUGAGCACUUGCUGCCAAACGCCGGCCGCUCAAACGUCUCGAAGGACCAACAGCUGAGAUUGAAUCUAAACUCUGAAACUUCUGUCUCUUCCGCGGCUGUGAUUCAGGGACUAGCUUCGUCCUUCGUGCAAAGACGCCAGACUGACUUUAACAGCAACGCGGUCCUUUCCUCUGAGCACUUUCCGCAAAAUGUCUCGAAGGACCAACAGCUGAGACUUGAUCUAAACGCCAAACCCUCUGUCGUCUCUGCUUCUGUGGCUGUUGUUCAGCGCCUCCCUUCCCCCUCCAGCGGCUACUCCAGCCAGUCCAACACGCCGACUCCCGUCUCCCCCGUCUCCCCCCUCUCCCCCCUCUCCCCCUCCAGCCCCUCCUCUUUCUCCCUCCCCUCUUCUUCCCAGUCCUCCUCUUCACACUCUUCGUCUUCCGUCCCGCGGGCGCACGCCAUAUCCUCCGCGCGCCGAUCAACGCCACGGUUCGAAGCGAAACCAAAGCCGAAGCCUCCGGUCCCAGAGAGGAAGUCCUCCCUCUCUUCUUCCUCUUUCUCCUCCACCUCCUCCCUCUCUUCCUGCACCUCCUCCUCAGACUCUUCAGCCAAGCUUCCUCUUCUUCCUCCUCCUCCUCCUCCUCUUGCACCUUCAUCCAUCGCUACUUCUCCUCUUCCUCUUGCACCCUCAUCCCUCGCUACUUCUCCUCCUCCUCCUCCUCCUCCUCCUCUUCCUCUUGCACCUUCAUCCCUCGCUUCUUCUCCUCUUCCUCCUCCUCCUCUUGCACUCUCAUACCUUCCUCCUCUUCUUCCUCUUUCACCCUCAUCCCCCGCUACUUUUGCUCUUCCUCCUCCUCCUCCUCUUCCUCUUGCACCCUCAUCCUUCCCUACUCCUCCUCCUCUUCCUCCUUCCUCUCGGCCCCCUCCUCCCCCCUACUCCUCCGCCGCCAAAGCGUCCACCAUUUUAUCGCCAUCAUCAUCAACAACAAACACUCCUCCUCCUCCUCCGUCUUCAUCUCCUCUUCCUUUCUCUGCAGAGCUCUCAGAUCUCCCGAUCACUGACCUUCCUCCUCUUCCUCCUCUUCCUCCUCUUCUUCCUCUUCUUCCUCUUCUGCCUCCCCCCCCCUCAUCCCUUGGCCCUCGAGGUGUUCCUCGCCCGCUGGUCACUGCCCAAGCUUUGCAGGGUGUCAAACUUCGCUCCGUCGGGAAGAAAAACGGUUCUGUGUCGGCUGACGCUCGUCCUGAUCUCGAGGCUAACAUUCAUGCUAAGCUAGCUGGAACUGGCUCGCCAAACGUUGCCUGUAAUCUAGCUAGCAAUGAAGCUAACAUACCUAGCGCUUUACCGAGCGACGCUAACCUUGAUUCAACAACGAAUUCUCACGUAAAGCAACCUGGACGCAAAUCUGAUGGUGAUGGCCGCAGCCGAACAAAGAGUGGCACCAAGACGCCCGGCAAUGCGUCGCUGUACGACGAUGUCCCGAGACAAAACGGCGUUGUUGUUGUUAGCGUAGAUAACCAUGGGCACGCUGUGGAUAAACCGUGCAACGGCAAAACCGAUCGAGACGUCGAGAAGAAAGAACGAGAGAAGGAAGAUCCCGACGUACAGAUGUACCCUGCUGCUCCUGAUUCUCCUUGGGUUAAAAUAUCUCACAAUUCAGACAAAAGCCACGUCAGCGCUAGCAUCAAAUGUCCGUCUUUGCAACGGCAACACGCCACAGACGCUACGCUAUCCAAGCCUGCGGAGAAACGGGGAAACGCAGAUUCGCUGUCGUCGUGCCGGACGCUCUCUGGAACCAAACGAGAGUCUCGCAGAGCGAAUCUGUCGCAACGGAGAGACGAAACGGACGCUAACGGCACGAAGUGUUCAGCUGAAAGCGAUUUAAAUCUGAGUAACAGCGCCUGUGUCGUGGUGUCGCCUGAAGCCACACGAAGCCAAAAUGGCGACCAAAUCCUCACGGCGUCUUCUCCGGGGCUCAACAGCCAAUCACACUGUCCCGCUGACUCUUUCUGUACUUCUUUACACACUCACGUGACCCAAAGUACGCCGGCAACGGAGCGUUCAACGCGCGCAAAUGUCGACGCAAACUGCACGGCAAUUCGUGGCGAAUCCGUGGCGAAGAAAACUUCCACAGGCAGUUCGCCACAGACUCAGAAUCAGCCGAUUCUGCACAGGAAGCCAGAUCACUCUUUGAUCUCGCCCAAAACCAACCAACCAAUCCCAGCGCCUGCACGUACGAGCGAGGCUUUCAGAGGAACGUACGGAACGGAGGUUACGGACAACAAAAACGCGGAGAAACGGAGAAGUGAACGGAAUCCAAACACUUUGAAAGAAACGGAGAGAAUUGGAAGUUUAGGGAACUCGGGGACGUUUAGGUGUUUUGGGAACGCCAGCGCAUACGGAGCGACUUCUGCCCAAUCGGAGGCAGCCGACCCCUGGGUCAUCAAGACGAGAGUUCGGAAGGAAGAAGAGGAAACGGAUCGUACGAGCAGGAUGAAGUCCUCGCUGGCUGAAGACGAGAAGAGGAGGGAGGAGGAAGAGGAAGAGCGAGCGAGGAAGACGUCGCUGGUGAUGAUGAGGCAGAAACAGCGAGCGAGGAAGAGGAGGAAGAGGAGGGCGGGCCGGCAGCAGCAGCAGCUGCUGAUGAUGUCAUCCACGAUGUCAUCAUCAUCAUCAUCGUCUUCAUCCUCUUUGUCUUCUUCCUCCGGAGACGAAGGAGAGCGAGCGGCGGCGGCGGCGGCGGCGAAUCAGCGGCCGAGGAUGAGGAUGACGGCGGUGUCUGAGGGAUCCUGCGCUGUGAUUGGUCAGAGCAGAGCGCUAUGUCUCCCAGGCCUCCGGAUACACGAAGAAGAAGAGAGAGAGGAAGAGGAUGAGGAGGAAGAAGAGAGAGAGGAAGAGGAGGAGGGAGACGGUCUGUUGGUCAGAGUUUCUGCAGAUCAGAUGUUCGUCUCCGAGCAACAACGAACCACAGAGGAGCUGUUCACCGCCAUCCACAGGUCUAAGAGGAAGAUUUUAGGAAGAAGAAAGGAUUCAGCAGACGACAGACAUCGCAUCUCGUCCUCGUCCUCUCCCGCGGUCUCCCUCGCCGUCCCGCCACGCCCACCCUGCCCGCCGCUCGCAGCGAGAGCUUCAAGGCGCUGCUGCUGAGGAAAGGAAGUCGCUCGGCUCCGUCUUCCCGGAUCUCGGCUGUCGAGCGGCUUCGCUUACUUCCUGCUCCGCCUGACACGCCUCAGACCGCCAUCCAGAGAGCGCCAUCCAGAGAGCGCCAUCCCAACGUGUCCACGAUCGGAUCGGGAUGCGGGCGACGGGAUUUCCCCCAGAAUACCCUCUUCCUCUUCGUCUCUUCGUCUGCCGUGCGUCCUCGCUGCCUCACGCCCCCCUGUGCGUUCAGAUGGCGCUCCUCGGCUCGCUGUCGGCGCCUCCGUGCCACCCGACCCAUGGACGCCAUCUACGAACGGGACAGCGAGCGGGAAGAGGAAGAGGAUGACGAGGUUUUUACGGAGGCGAAUCGAGAUUGCUUCACGGACAAACCAAGUAGAGUGACGAAGAUGAAUGGAUUAAUUAUCAACUGUUAGAUUAAUCUCCCAACACACACACACACACACACACACACACACACACACAAUGUUUAUCAAUAAGUUAGGGUUAGAUAGAAACACAUCAUCGGGUAAGAAAAGUUUCCUUUUGACUGUUUUUAAAUCAGCCAAUCGUCACUCAGCGUCCACUAAAAGUUCUGUUGUUGCUGCUGACAGACUCAGAUUAUUAUUCUAAGUGUGUGACAACAUUAUGGGAUGGAUCCCUACAGAGAUAGACCU